AAAGAACGGUAGCUCAUGCGCCUCUUUUCCUACAAUAAAAGGCCUCUCCUCUUAACUCUUCCAAGAAAACACAACCAAGAACUCUUUCAUCCUCUGUUUCUUGCUUCUAAUCUAAACCCUUCAUUUCCUUUCUCUUCAAUGGCGUCAACUGAUAAUGACGUUGCCCAUGAGUUCAGAUUCUUCAGGGUUUACAAAGAUGGCCGGAUCCACAUGUUCAGGCCAACUUGGGAAACAAUCCCACCACUUGAUGACUCUGUAACUGGACUCAAAUCCAAAGACGUAACCAUCUCCACUGAUCCUCCAGUAUCUGCUCGUAUUUUCUUGCCAAAACUACAAAACUCUGAUCAGAAACUCCCUCUCUUGUUUUACAUCCAUGGCGGUGGGUUUUCGAUGUUGUCUGCGUUUUCCCCUCAAUACCACAACUAUUGCUCUGCUUUGUCUAAUGAGGCUAAUGUUCUUGUCGUCUCUAUUGAAUAUGGUCUCUUCCCGACCCGACCCAUACCCGCUUGCUAUGAAGAUUCCUGGGCAGCACUCCAGUGGGUGGCGUCUCAUGUUAAUCGAAAUGGACCUGAGCAGUGGUUGAAUGAUUACGUUGAUUUUGAGAAAGUUUUUAUAGGUGGAGAUAGCGCAGGAGGUAACAUAUCCCAUACUUUAGCUUUCCGGAUCGGGUCAAUCGGGUUACCGGAUGGAGUUAAUGUGGUUGGGGUGAUCUUAGUGCAUCCAUAUUUUGGCGGUACUGAAGAUGAUCAUAUGUGGCUUUACAUGUGUCAAGAUAAUAAGGGAUUGGAUGAUCCUAGAAUGAACCCGCCUGUAGAGGAUAUUGCUAAGCUUGGAUGUGAAAAGUUGUUGAUUUUUGUAGCAGAGAAAGACCAUUUGAAUACUGUGGGCAAGAAUUAUUAUGAGAAGUUGCAGAAAAGUGGAUGGAAAGGAAGCUGUGAACUUGUUGAGAAUGAAAAAGAAGAACAUUGCUUUCAUUUGCAUAAUCCUAACCAUGACAAGGCUUUGGAGUUGAAAAGAAAGUUUGUUUCCUUCCUAAAACAAGAGUAAUUAUGUCUUAUUUUAUUAUGCUUGCUUAUGUAUGAUCUUGUAAUUUUGUAAGCUUCACUGAAUAAAAAUAAAUAUUGAUUUAUGAUAUCUUUAAUAUUUCUUGUUUAACUCUUGAAUUUUGUAUUACAAGUUGGUUUCUUAAUUUUUCAAUUUUAUAUGAUAUUUCCUUA